CUUUUGCAGAGAUGUCRACUGUGUACCAAAAACCAAAUAACUGCUCGAGACGAUGCUGCGGGGACCUUUACCUUUGUCUAGACAUAAUAAGGUCAACAAUUAGUUAGGCAUUUGCCCAUACUGCGACGCAGUUUCACUGGUCUACUCUAUCCACUCGUCCAGCAUAACCACACUGCAAUUUGUGUCUCACGUAYUCGAUUGCUGCCCCGUUUGUCAAGCACGUUAAGUACGUCGAUUCACGAACAAGUCGCCGCCAUCGAAUACUGUAUCUACCGCGAACAUCACUGUUGUUGUGGCUGUCUUCCAGCUUCUUUGAAGUUAUUUUUAGAUUAUAAGACACUGAAUUCCAAAAUGGCUGGUGAACUACCCCGUAAAAAAGUUAAUUUCAGUGUUAUCAACCGAAAGCCCAAAAUGGAAUUUGAUAUGACAUUCAAACGUCUACCAUUUUUUACUAGUGUCCAUCAAAUUCAGAAACCAAUGCUUGUUUUUUGUGUUAAACCAAUUAUGCCUCAUUUGGCUCUUCCAUAUAAAGAUCACACUGAAUUUGAAAUUAAGUUUGAAUUGCCUUCAGAAAUUGUUGAAAUGAUCCAACGUAACCCUUCAGAGUGUGUACAGUUGCAGAUACGAUGUGGAAAAGAACUAGAAGGGAUAUUUGAAUUGUCAGAGGGACUACCAAAAUUGAUAGARAUUUAUAUCAAUAACCACAAAAAAACUGCAGAGAAUAGUCCUAUUCAUUAUAAUUGUAACGACUUUUUAAAUUUGGGAGCCGAAAAUAUAAUCAAAAUAUGUUGGCCUUUUCAUGACGAACCAUAUUAUAUAAUUGUAGAUAUUGUAAAAGUACUGCCAAUCAAUCAUAUGAUAGAUCAAGUCAUAAAUCGCAAUAGGAUUUGUUCUUUAACACUUGAUACAAAAGCUAAGGCUUUAGAAAUAAUGAGAGCUUCUUCAAAAGGAAUUGAUUUAUCAAGGAGUAUUUCAAAAUUCUAUACGUUUAAUUUGCUCUGUCCAAUAACCACAUUAAAAAUGAAAACACCGACAAGAUCUUUAAAAUGUAAUCAUUUACAAUGUUUUGAUUUAGAAGCAUUAUUUACAUUGAAUAAGAUAAAACCAACAUGGAAAUGCCCAAUUUGUCAUUUACCCAUGCAUGUUAAUGAUUUGGUUAUAGAUACAUUCCUUUGGAAAAUUGUCAAAUAUGCUAAUCUUCCUGAUAGGUGCGUUCGAGUAGUAUUAUAUUGUAAUGGCAAUGUUGAAGCAUUAUUUGAACCAAUUACAGAAGUUAUUGAAGAUUGUCUGAGUGAAUCUGAUGAUGAGCAUUCAGAAAAUAUCACUUUAACUGAUAACUUGGGUAAUUCUAAUGAAGAAAAUCUCCAUGAUGAAAAUCUCCUUGAUGAUAAAAAUAUAAUACCAAAAAUUGAGGUUAUCAAUCCUGACGAUUAAGAACCAAUGAUAAUCUAUCAGAGUACUGACGAUACAGACAUUACA